GACUGAGAAAACCUUCCAAAUGUCUUUUUCAUCAGCUUUCUACGUUGUCUUUGGAUUUAGAUUAUUGAUUCUUGUUGAUGAGGCCACCUUAAAUGAAACAAAGAUCUUUUGCGUUGCCUGCAAAGAGGAAGGAUGUCCGGAAAAAUUAACAAAAAUCUACAACACAAGCGAAAACACCCCUUUCUGGGUAAACGAAUCUGAGAUUCAAAGCUGUGCGGACACUUCCCUCAAAGUAUACACCCCAUGCGUGCAUAACCUAACUGUAUUUCUGCCAACUGAAAACAAUGCAGACAAGUUUCAUUUUGAAGGAGGAGGCAUCCCACUGAAAUCAGAUUAUGAACCCUGCCCACCUUUGCCACAGGAGGGUGAUAUUUCAUCUAAGCAGAGUGGAACCCAAAAUGCCAGUGAAUCCAUCAAUUAUCAUUUUGGACUUGUAAUCGCACUUAUAAGUUGUGUUGCAGUGGCUGUAAUAACGUGUAUCUAUUUCUGGAUACGAUUGCCUGGCUUUAGCAAAAAUUUCCCUCGUGCUGCUCAGUUGGGACCAGGAAAAGACAAGGAAGACUCAGCUGCCACUGCCAUUUUAAGGUUUUGGGCAGGCAUUCAGAGAGCAUCUGGUGCAACACUUAACCUCAGGAAAACCAGGAUCAAGUAUUUUGGGCCUUGGAAGUCCAAGCAGGAUGCUGCUGGCAGUCUCUCGCUGUGCAAGGGGCCUCUCAAGGUCUUGGGGCCCACGUGCACAGGGACAGAGACCCUUAGGCUUGUUUCUUGCUACUGUGGGCAUGCUAGGGCAGUCUGGUCUCAGGUGGAGUCCUUGUGCAAAAGCCUACAUGGCAAAACUGAGCUGGCUUUUGAUGAGAUCAUGAAGGGAUGGACCCCCAAAGGAAAGAGUGCUGUCUUCUUUAGGACAUUGGCUCUGUGA